CUUCACUGCAGAUCAUUUCCAGAGUUGGCAACUGUCUGUGGCAACUGUGUUGGCAACCAUGGACUUAACCCAAUAUUUUUCUAAAAUUUAUAUUAUCGAUAUCGAUAAACAAAGGCAAAAAUGGAUCUUUUAGAAACAGUUUUAAGGACAUGUGAUUCUGUAGAAUUUAUUGAUAAAUUUAGAAAAAAUAACAUAAAUUACAAAGACCUUAAACUGUUAAAUAACGAGGAUUUAUUACUUUUGGAAAUAUGUGAUAAAGAAACUAGAAAUAAAAUCCUAUCACGAUCAAAGAAUAUGCAACUACAUGCAGAGCAGAGUCAUAAUUUUAAAAUAAAUGGGCCUUAUUUAUGUUUAAUACUGAACCAAAUAUCAAUUCAUUUGAAUAAGCAUUUUGCCAAUACAUCAUAUUUCUCAAAAAGUGUCGUUGAUCUAGCCAAUGUUAAACUGGAACCAAUAUGUAUCAGUGUGAACAAUUGUUUGCUGUCAUUAGAGAAUGUUAUUAAUGAAGUGGAGUUAAAUGUAGGAUCUCUCUCAUCAAAUUUGUAGAGAAAAAAAACAAAAAGAAAAAUGUGUCUUGUGUAUUAAUCUGUUCCUUAUUAGGAAUAUCACUAACAUCAGCUUUACUUCUUAUUGUUCUGAAGUUUUAAAAUUUGGACAACCUACACAAUUUUUCGGUUUUUUCCAAGUUUGAAGGAGUACAUUACUACUACUUAUAUUAACAAAUAUUUUAAAAAUGAAAAAGUAUAUUAAACUACGAUUGUCAAUAAAAUUUACAUUAUUUACUUUUA